ACUGUUACCGAGACAGGCAGCAGCGCCCAGCUCCGAGGCUCCGGAGAGCAGCAGCGCCCAGGAUCUAGAAGGACCUCGGGCAGCAGCAAGCCCAGACUGCACGGAGCAGCCAGGUCGGCAACAGCACCAUCACCACCGCGCUGUAUAGAGGAGCCAGGGUCACAGCGGCGCCGGAGACCAGGAGAAUAAGCCCCCACCCAAGGGCGCUAAGAACUCAGCCCCCUGUCCCGCGCUCUGGGCUGGGGAUGGCGAGCCCCACGCUGCUGGGGCUGCUGCCCCCCCUGCACUCCCCUCCUGGUCCUAACCUCAACAACAACAACAACCAUCAGAGCGUGAGGAAAUGCGGCUACCUGCGCAAGCAGAAGCACGGGCACAAGCGCUUCUUCGUGCUCAGGGGACCCGGCGGCAGCGGGGAGGAGCAGCCGGGGGCGGGCGGCGCCCGGCUGGAGUACUACGAGAACGAGAAGAAAUGGAAGAACAAGUCGGGGGCUCCCAAGCGGGUGAUCGCGCUGGACUCCUGCCUCAACAUCAACAAGCGAGCGGACGCCAAGCACAAGUACCUGAUCGCCCUCUACACCAAGGACGAGUACUUCGCCGUGGCGGCCGAGAACGAGCAGGAGCAGGAGGGCUGGUACCGGGCCCUCACCGACCUGCUCAACGAGGGCAAAGCCGCCUGCCAGGGUUCCCCGCUCCGCCACCUCUCCUCGCCCUUCUCCUCCUGCAGUGCCGCCGCCUCCUCCCUGGCCGGCGGCUGCGAGGACCUCAACUACGGGCUGCUCGCCCCGGCCAGCGCUGCCUACCGGGAGGUCUGGCAGGUGACGCUGAAGCCCAAGGGCCUGGGGCAGAGUAAGAACCUGACCGGAGUGCACCGGCUCUGCCUCUCCGCUCGCACCAUCGGCUUCGUGCGCCUCAACUGCGAGCUGCCCUCGGUCACGCUGCAGCUGAUGAACAUCCGCCGCUGCGGCCACUCCGACAGCUUCUUCUUCAUGGAGGUGGGGCGGUCGGCGGCCACCGGGCCCGGCGAGCUCUGGAUGCAGGCGGACGACUCGGUGGUGGCGCAGAACAUCCACGAGACCAUCCUGGGGGCCAUGAAGGCGCUGAAGGAGCUGUCCGAGUUUCGGCCCCGCAGCAAGAGCCAGUCCUCCUCGUCCUCCUCCUCCGGGGGCGCCGGCGGCCCCGGAGCCUCGUCCACCCACCCCAUCACCGUGCCCGGCCGCCGGCACCACCACAUGGUCAACCUGCCGCCCAGCCAGACCGGCCUGCUGCGCCGCUCCCGCACAGACAGCCUGGCGGCCGGGGCCAGCGCCAGCGCCGGCACCAAGGGCACCCCGGGCCGGGUGCGGACGGCCAGCGAAGGGGAUGGCUGCAGAGCGGGCUCGGUCGCCGGCAGCCCCAUGAGCCCCGGCCCGGUGCGGACUCCCUUGAGCCGCUCGCACACUCUCAGUAGCGGCGGCAAGGCGGGGGGGAAGCUGGGGCCGGUGCCCCCCGGGGGCGGCCUGCAGAAUAGUCGCUCCAUGUCUAUGCCCGUGUCUCACUCGCCCCCUGCCGCCACCAGCCCGAUCAGCCUCUCCUCCAGCAGCGGGCUCGGCUCCGAGCCCCCCCACCCGCAGCGCCCGUCCAGCGGCAGCGCCUCCGUAUCGGGCUCCCCCAGCGACCCGGGCUUCAUGUCCUUCGACGAAUAUGGCUCCAGCCCGGGCGGCGACCUGCGGCCCUUCUCCUCCACCGCCAGCAACCGCAGCAACACGCCCGAGUCCAUCGCCGAGACCCCCCCGGUGCGGGACCCCGGGAGCGGCACGGACCUGUACGGCUACAUGGCCAUGGAGCGGCCCCAGAGCGGCCGGCUCUGCUACCGGCCCUGCCCGGACUUGGCGGGGGACAAGGGCCCCAGGAAGCGGACUUACUCGCUGACCACGCCGUGCCGCCAGCGGCCCGCCCCCCCGCAGGUCUCCUCCGCCUCCCUGGACGAGUACACCCUCAUGCGGGCCACCUUCGCCGGCAGCUCCGCCCGCCUCUUCCCCGCGGCCUCCCCCAAAGUGACCUACACCCCCUACCCCGAGGACUACGGGGACAUCGAGAUCGGCUCCCACCGCAGCUCCGGCAGCAGCAGCAGCAACCUGGGGCCGCCGGCAGGGGGCGGCGGAGGAGGGGACGACGGCUACAUGCCCAUGACGCCCGGGGUGGCCGCGGCUUUGGGGCCGGGCGGCCGGAGCGGCGAUGACUACAUGCCCAUGAGCCCGACCAGCGUGUCCGCCCCCAAGCAGAUCCUGCAGCCCCGGGCCGGGGCGGGCGGCGGCUACAAGACCAGCUCCCCCGGGGAGAGCUCCCCGGACGACAGCGGCUACAUGCGGAUGUGGGGCGGCUCCCGGCUGUCGGUGGAGAGCUCGGACGGGAGGCUGAGCGGCGGCGACUCCAGCAACAUGUCCCCGCACGGGCCGCCCGCCGCCUCGCUCACCCCGCCCGACUUCUUCUUCGCCCCGGCUCAGGGCGCUGGAGACCCGCCGAAGGCCACCUACGCCUGCAGCUCCCUGCCCCGCUCCUGCCCCAGCGAGGAGCCGGCCAAGGACAGUGACCAGUACGUGUUCAUGAGCUCCCCGGGCAGGCUGCUCCCGGAGGAGCCGGCCUGCCGCCUGCGCCCCGCCGCCCCCUCCAGCCACACGGUGCCUUCCCCGCUGCGGCACAGCCGGACCGAGAGCUUCCUGGGCCCGCGGGCGGUGCGGCCCUGCCGCCUGGCCCUGGACACCCUGCGGACGCUGCUGCCCAGCAUGCACGAGCAGCCCCUGCCGCCCGAGCCCCAGAGCCCCGGCGAGUACAUCAACAUCGACUUCGGGGAGGCGGCGGCCGCCGGCAGCCUGGCCUCCUCGCUGGGCUCGGGCGCCGGGCGGCGGCGCUCCCCCCUCUCCGACUACAUGAACCUGGACUUGGGCUCGCAGGCGGGCCCGGUGCCGGUGGGCUCCCGGGAGGCGCUGUCCCCGGCGUCCUGCGCCAGCCGCGGCCGGCCCGACGGGCUCUACCUGCAGGCGGCGGUGGGGGUGGCCUGCCUGUCCAGCCCGCCCGACGGGGGGGAUUACACCGAGAUGACCUUCGGCCUGGCCGCCACCCCGCCCCAGCCGAUCGCCCAGAAGCCAGAAAGUGCCCGGGUCACCAGCCCCACCGCCGGGGUGAAGAGACUCACCCUGGCCGGGGUGGAGGCUUUCAUCCUCUCCAGCCCGCCCCCGGACCCCAACCGCGGGGCCAAGGUCAUCCGGGCAGAUCCCCAGGGGCGCCGGCGGCACAGCUCGGAGACCUUCUCCUCCACCACCACAGUGACCCCCGUGUCUCCUUCCUUUGCACAUAACCCCAAACGGCACAACUCGGCCUCGGUGGAGAACGUGUCCCUCAGGAAAAGCGAAGGCCUGGAGGAGGAGCAGGGCAGCAGCCCCAUGUGCCGGGAGACCUCCGCCGGCUUCCAGAACGGCCUCAACUACAUCGCCAUAGACGUGGUGGAUGGGAGCCUGGCGAACUGUGACAAAGGCAGGCACGCCAUGAAUGGGGACAUCAGUGGAAUGGAGACCAGCGCCUAUGCCAGCAUAGAUUUCCUAGCCCAUAACCUGAAAGAAGCAACUGCUGUGAAAGGAAGUGCAGAAAGAUGGAAGAGAUGAAAGUGGAGAAAGCUUUGAACCUAAUUGAGAGGAUUGUUGACUGAAAUAUCAGAAUUUUUACAAGAUGAACACACUGAAUGGGAGAGUUAAGGACAGAAACAGACUUGUCAGUUAUCUGUAGUUUUGCUUAGGCUGGUGCCAGGAUUUACAUGGUUUGGGAUAAAUCAGUGUGAAUGCUACAAUUAUUGGUUCCAUUGCCUUAUAUAAAGAAUGUUUGGCUGUGGCAUGUACAUUGGAAUUAUAUUCCAGUAAAAUCAUGAGUUCUCUUGUAUUUAAUUGUAAAUUGAGUUUAACAAGAUUUUAGUUUUGCUUGGCCCACCUACAGCCCCUAACUGCAUAACAAACCCAUGUUGGGGAAGCACCACUUCUACAGUAUCCUCCAAACUGCUGACCCUAAGGGGAACUCUGCCUAGGGGGAAAACCUGGACUGGAUUAAAAUGCUCCCAGCAUCCAGAUUGGAUUAAACUGUGGAAAUUCUAUUCACUUAGCUAAUAAGGGGAAACUGGCACUACAUCUCUAAUAAAGUUAAUAAAACAAAUAUAGCAAAAUGAAUUUAGAGAAUGGCAAAUGGUGGGAACUACUAGUUUAAUUCUAGUAGUUAUAAAAUAAUUAACCAUUAUUCAGAUACUUGUUUUAUUUUAAUAUUUUCUUUUGUGUAUGGGCUUCCUUUUUCUGUUUCUUAUAUGCAUGUAAAUGUGCAGUGAAGAUCAAUGUCAUUGGGUGUUGAGCUAAAUGUAGGAGGCACAGCUGAUGACUAUUUCUGCCAUUCUGUUUCCCACACCUGUGUGCUUGUUGAAUAUAAUUACACUCACUCUAUUCAGGAAGAACUAUAGCCGAUUUCAGGACAAAGAGAUAGGAAACACUUUGCAUAACUGUUAUCAGUAUUCCUGGUCAUAUUUUAAAGUGAAUGCUGUAUGUUACAUGUAUUUUUAGUGAAAAUAAUUUGAACAAAAAGAGCAGUGCGAUUAGGAACGUGCAAGAAUAUUACCUUAGUAAUGGAAUGCAUAAGUACAGUAGUGGGCUUUUGAAGGGAGCUAUUAACAUUUACAACUCCUGAGCUCUAUUUUGGUUUUGUUUACAUAAGCACAUUGAAGUUUGUUUACAGUACUACUACCUUAUUACUACUGCUACUUCUUAAAGAUCACCAGUACUAUUAGCGGUAGAAUUCGAGGUUCUAAGAACUUUAAUUUGUAAGAUUAACAGGAUUUUCAUAUUUUAUGAUGAAAUACACAUACAGAAUUAAAGAAAUAUAUGUAUUAAGUAUACGAGGUACUGUUUAACUCUUGUUUCUUAUUUUAAGACAGUGGCAGUACAGAAUGAUUUGGCUAAAUUUUAUUGAUGAUUUUUGAUGUUUCUAUAUACAGUUUACCAUGGAGGUAGCCUAUAUUAGAUGUGAUGAGAAUUGUUUACUUUGCCGUUUGUGCUAAUCGUUUACUGAAUCACUAAAGCCAUUGAGUGGGAACUAGAUUUAUCCUUUCAAAGCUAAGGAGAAAUUAACAGUUUUGUUGGAGCAAUUUAAAAACUGCUAUGUAUGCUUCUUUAGAAAGAAGUAAGGUGAAGAGCUCUUGUAAAAAAUCUGUUUAAAAAAAUGUAUCUUGUGUCAAAACAAAAAAAUCCCCACACGAACAAACAAACUCAAAAAAACCCAACUACUUGGUUUAUCAGGAAAUGUAAUAUUUCAGUGUAAAAUCAUAGUUCAAAUACUUUCCCAUAUCUAUAGAUAUAUCUUAUUAUGUAGGUAAAUACUGUGUUUGAGUUUUUGUGCCUUUAACAAAGAAAAUUAAUCAUGUGACUUUAAAAAUAAAGAUGCAUUGGUUUUCAUCAGUAACUUGCCUGUCUGCUUUAAAGAAUAGUGUGUUUUUGGAAUUUUGAGCCAGUAUCAUUCUGUUACAAUGAGAACAAGCUAACACCACCAAACUAGUUUCAAACAGAAAAAUAAAAAGGUUAUUCAGAAUUUAUCAGUUAACAUAGUUCUGCUUCACUCUGAAAGCAUGCAGACCUGUGAGUCUAACAAGUACUUGCCUUCUUCUGAAAUAUAAAUAAAAUAGUGCUUUUACUAGACAGCUGGAAACUCUUGUUGCACACUGAUUUAUUAGUUAGCAUUCAACUUUCUAAGUAUGAAAUAACAGCCCUUUCGCAAAAGAACAUUAGUUCAUACAAAAUUAUGUAUUUUCUUGCUUAUGUAAACAUUUUCACCCAGUUCCUCUUUUGGUGUAAAUUGUUUAUUGCAUUGGAGCUGUGCUAAAUUACACCAACUGAGGAUCUGACCUUUGGGUAAAACCUUGGCUCCAUUGAGGUCACUAGUAAUUUUGGCUUUAAUAGGGUCAGGAUUUCACCCUGUGAUGUUUUUUAUCCUGAAAUCCUUACACAAAAUUCCCAUUAAGUUCAGUAGUAAUUGUGCUUGAAAUUAAGGUAUUACAAUUGAGGCCAUUAUCUUUGUUUUUUUUCCCAAAAGCAACAUGUGCUGUUUUAAGUUUUCCAAAGUGUGACAGCAAAUACGUGUGAUAGUGCACCUACCUGUUGAGGUCUGUUGGCUCCCCCCCAUUUUACUUCCUCUUGAUUUAUUAAAAAAGGGUCUUCAAUUAUAACCUGUAAUGCAUCGGUUUUAAAUGAUCAUAAAGUAAGAUAGUGGUCUUUGAGAAUAGGUAAAAUGCUGUCUCACUAGCUUAUAAUUCUUGUAAGGAUUUUAUGAAUAUACUUAAACAGUACAAACGUCAUAAUCUAGAGAAAAUUCUCACAUUGUUAAAACUGAAACUCUGAUUUACUUUUCCUUUGUGUUCAGUUUGGACAAUAAAACUAGAGAAGUCAGUUUCACUUUUUGGUUCUUAUAUACUGAUUGCCACAAUAUUUGGCUUAGAAACUGCAGGGAAA